CAGGUGCCAUCGGUGCCCCGGCCUGGCACUACCAUGGCGCUGUUCGAUAACCUGUCGUGCCACCACUCCAUCGACGACUUCCGGAACCGCGUCUACUCCUCGCUCUACUCCAUGAUCAGCAUCAUGGGCUUCGUGGGCAACGGCGUCGUGCUGUACGUGCUGAUCCGGACGUACCGGCAGAAAACGGCCUUCCAGGUGUACCUGCUGAACCUCGCCCUGUCCGACUUCCUGUGCGUGUCCACGCUGCCCCUGCGCGUCGUCUACUACGUGCACCGGGGGCACUGGUUCUUCGGGGACCUCCUGUGCAGGGUCGCGUCCUACGCGCUCUACGUCAACCUCUACUGCAGCAUCUUCUUCAUGACCGCCAUGAGCUUCUUCCGCUGCAUCGCCAUCGUCUUCCCCGUCCGGAACAUCAACCUGGUGACGGAGAGGAAGGCGAAGUUUGUCUCUGUCGGCAUCUGGAUCUUCGUCACGCUGACGAGCGCGCCCUUCCUGCGCAACGGGACGUACCAGCACGGCAACAAGACCAAGUGCUUCGAGCCCCCGGAGAACUCCCACAAGACGAACCUGGUGGUGAUCCUGGAUUUCAUCGCCCUGUUCGUGGGUUUCAUUUUGCCCUUCGUCGUCAUAACCAUCUGCUACGCCAUGAUCAUCAGGACCCUGCUGAGGAAUUCCAUGAGGAAGAACCAGGCGAACCGCCGCAGGGCGGUUUGGAUGAUCGCCAUCGUGACGGCCACGUUCCUGGUGAGCUUCACCCCGUACCACGUGCUGCGCACGGUGCACCUGCACGUGCUGCGCCUCAGGAGGGCCAGCUGUGAGGAUGCCAUUUACCUGCAGAAAGCCGUGGUGGUGACGCUCCCCUUGGCCGCUGCCAACUGCUGCUUCGACCCGCUGCUCUACUUCUUCUCGGGGGGCAACUUCAGGAAGAGACUGACCACGCUGAGGAAGGGCUCCUCCUCCAGCUUGUCGCAGGCCUUCAAGAAAAAGUUCUCUGCGAAAGAGAGGGAUGAGGAACCCUUUGGAGAAAGCCAAAGGGAGAAUGGAAAGGAAGCUGUGGCCUCUUCAUAAGAAGGUUAGACCUUCCCCCGAGAGAUCUCAGGGCAUUGGAGAUCUCAGAACACUUCCAGGAGACCUGAUGGGGGCUUGCAAGCCUUCGGUGUAAUUAAAUAUGUCAUAAUGACCGUGGACAGUUCAUGGCUUGGUGUAGAGCCCCUUCCCCAGGAGCAUUGCUGGGACAUCCACAGCCAUGUAGGACAGAGAAACCACCACCAGAACAGUGUUGAUCUGCUGACAAACUCUUCAAAGCCUGUGUUUGGGCACUUGCUUCAUUUCACAGCUCUCCCCAGAGCGUUAAUUCUCUGAGCCAGUGGGAAAUGUAAACACAGUUUGCUGUUCAUGGCACUCAGGGAGCUCCUGACAAACAACCAGGGCAGAGUUUUCACUGAAUCUUCAAACAGCUGCUAAAUUAUUUAUACAGCAGAGCCCAGGAUAAUUCCAGCCCUGCUCCAGCUGCCUCUGCCUGGGAUCUCAGUUCUCAUGAUCCUGAUGUGUGUGAGACUCGCAGGGUUGGUACCUGGGUCUGCAGAUUGGGAUGGGCCCCUCUCCCACCCCCAGCAGCAGCUUUGGUGGGCAGCAGAUUUGCCAGGAUUUUCUGAAAUCCUAGAAAAACCUUGUUUUCAAAUUGCAGUGUCUUACUGUGGGGGAUAAACUUGGAAUAAGGAUAACAAGGAAACUUAUUUCAGUGUGACUGGUCCUGUCGGACUGCAGGGUCUGGGUUAUCACUCCAGUUCCUCAGGAGGUUUCAGGUAAAAGUGGAGUUCUGGCUGCUCAGAGUCCAGUGCAGGAUCAGGUUCACCUUUCUCAACAUUAAUCAAGGUUUUUUAAAAAGCCCUAUAUAAUAUUUGAUCCUGUUCCAGAGUGUUCACCUUGCGGAAAAGGCAACCCAAGGCUCUUGGGAAGAGCUCUAGGAAAAGCUGGAGAUCCAGAAUCUGAAUCUGGAUGAGACUUGAUGCUGAAAAAACACUGGGCUGUGUUCCUUCUGUAAAGGAAAACUUCAAACCCUUGGCCAGAAGGAAACAUUCCUGUAAUUUUCCAGUGGAUCCCACAAGAAGGUAACACUCCAGAGCCUGGCUGGGGAUGUGCAACCCAUCAAGACAGAAAUAGAAAUUCUUGUAGGAUUAAAGCUCUUAGUUGGAAAAGUGGUUGGUAAACGACCAGCGAGUAUGUUUGGAUUUGGUAUUUCUGAAGUUACUUGAUGUUAUCUUGAAUAAAGAAAACAGUUUCAGUAGUGAAGAAUAACAGUGAGCGAAAGGAGUUUGGCUUGGGGACAGGGAUCUGCUGGAGAAAUUGUCUGUACAGAUAAUUAGAGUGAAAAUUCAGUCUGUACACCACAGUCUGCACAGCCCUGGGUCAGCCAAAGGCACCUAAAAAAGCAAAUUCACCUGCAGAACAAAUGAUGGAUGGGAAUUUUCAAAAUCUGAAACUUCUAAUGCAAUUUCAAGGAUCUGUUUAGGGGCAGAGGGCUGAAAGCUGCUCCUGUAGAGGAGGAUUAGAAUCCCCCCUAAACCUGUGGGAGGAUAGAGCCCCUCAUUCAAAGCCAGAACUGCUGAUUGUUUGAGGAAAAAAUGUGUAAGAUUUGGCUAAAAUUGUUUUCAAGGGUCAGCAUUGAGUAUUAAAGUUGUGUCUCCAGCCUUUAAAGGCAUCGUGCAACUGUAAAUAAAAAUCUUCCUGGGAAACUGUUUUGGAAUAUGUAGAAAUAAUAUGCCCAUUCCCAAAUUUUAAAUUACUGUACAGUAAAGCUAAACGUGUGUGUAUAUAUGUAUGUUGCAAAGCAUUGUACCAGAGGUAUUUUUUAACCUUUUACCUUUUUUAUUUUGUUUUAUAUUUUUUAUUUUAUAGUUAUGGUAGGAGAAAUGGCAGCUUUUUGUG